ACUGAACAGCUGUGACCUCCCAGAGAAGUCCUGUAAUAUCGUGGCCUCAGCUCUCCAGUCAUCAAACUCACCCCUGAGAGAUCUGGACCUCAGCUACAAUGACCUGGGAGAUUCAGGAGUGGAGCUGCUCUGUGCUGGACUGAGGAGUCCAAACUGUAAACUACAGAGACUGAGACUGAACAGCUGUGACCUCACACAGAAGUCCUGUAAUAUUGUGGCCUCAGCUCUCCAGUCAUCAAACUCACCCCUGAGAGAUCUGGACCUCAGCUACAAUAACCUGGGAGAUUCAGGAGUGAAGCUGCUCUGUGCUGGAUUGAGGAGUCAAAACUGUAAACUACAGAGACUGGGACUGAACAGCUGUGACCUCACACAGAAGUCCUGUAAUAUUGUGGCCUCAGCUCUCCAGUCAUCAAACUCACCCCUGAGAGAUCUGGGCCUCAGCUACAAUAACCUGGGGGAUUCAGGAGUGAAGCUGCUCUGUGCUGGAUUGAGGAGUCCAAACUGUAAACUGCAGAGACUGGGGACUCGAACACAGAGGCUUAGGAGAAAAGCAACCGGUUUAUUGAGAGGUAUCCAAACUGAGCAGGGCAAUUCAAAACCGGAACUGGACUGGGAAAGGCUGGAACCGGACUGGACAAGACUGGAGCCGGAGCAGGAGCAGGAGCAGGUCCGAGCAGGAGCUGGAGCUGGAUUCAGCAGGUACAGGAGCAGGACCGAGCAGAACUGCGGCUGGAGCAGAUCUGAGGAGGAACAGGGGUAGGACCGAGCAGGGCUGGAGCUGGAGCAGAUCUGAGCAGGAACAGGAGCAGGGCCGAGCAGGACUGCGGCUGGAGCAGAUCUGAGCAGGCACAGGAGCAGAUCAGGACUGGACAGGGCUGGACUGGGAGGCCGGCGAAGGGCAGGCUGGACACGGCUGACAGGGAACGGGAAAUGCAGACAAGACGGGGACGAACAAAAUAGAGACCAGACAAACACGAAAACAGGAAAAACACAGACUGGGGAACCCGAACGCAAAGUGGCAAGUAAAAGUGGAUAAGAGCUAGGAAAAAACCGGGGAACAAGACUAAAGAGAAUUUGCGAUCUUUUACGCAAGCCGACGAGAAGUUGCAAGGAACAGAGGCAACGAUCUGGCAGAGAGUGGUAGGCGAGCCGAGAAUAAAUACUGGUGAGCGUGACGGGAAAGCGUGCAGAAUGCAAGGGAAACAGGUGGGUAAAAUUAGGUAUUCAGGGAUCGUUGAAACAGAGACCCACCUCCGCUGUGGAGGCGAGCAAAGAUGGUAAAAAUAGGGACAAGAUACACAAGGCAAAACAGAAAACAUGAGAAAUGGCAGGGACGUUACAAGAUCAAUGAUUAGUUUAAAAGAAAGUUUUGCGCCUCACCAGUUUAAGAAAGAUGGAUAAAGGAGGAAGAAAGUGAGGACAAGAGGAGGAUGACCGAUUAUUUUUGUGGGUAAAAAAAAUUCUUAGCAUUAAUGACACUCAAUAAACUUGAAAUAUAUUAUGCAAAAGCUUGCAUCAAUAGUAUACAUUCUUUUCAAAACAUUGUUUUCCUUAAUUACAAAUAUGCACACAAUACAUUAAAGAUACAACUGUUUUGAGCUGAGACAUUCAUUGUACCUUUUUUCACCCACCUCCCACCGGAUCUCAGGGUCCAUCCACCUCCCAAAUCCCAAUUUCACCCCUGGUUACGACAGUAACCUAAAGUUCUCUUUCAUCAUGUUGUGUUUGAGAUCCACCAACAGGGAGAUAUGGACAACUCCCAGAUUUCCCUAUGCUCACAGCUGUGGCUCGAUUGCUUGAGCCUGACACGCACUUCCUGUUUGUGGUAGAGAGAGAGAGUAAGAAGUCUUGUGGAGUUUGGAAAAGUUAGUUACAGGAUUGUAUUGUGCUUUUAAAUGUGUAUUUGCUAUUUCAUUUAAGUUUUUAAAACCCAUAUUAAAAGUAAAGUAAGAUUGUUUUGCUCAGUAGGUGAAAAUCUUUGUUGCCGUCAGGGGACAGGGGGGGAAUUUUCCACUUUUUUCCUCCCUAGCCGGUUAGCUAAUUCGGCCACCUUCUUGCUGACAGGAGGUUUUUGGUUGUUCGCUUUCCCAGGAGCAAAACAUAUCUGUUGUUAGAUAGUUUGCCUUUAUUAUGUGCUAAUGUUAGCAGUAGUUUAAUAUGAUCUCAUAAAAAACACGUUUUCAACAUACAAAAAUGCCAAGUUACUCACACAUACAAGACCAGUCCAGGCCUGCCAUUAAAAGUAUCGAUAUCAAAAUGACACCAAGUUACGGUACUACAAACAAUAUAGGCCAUCUUGCUUCACCGAAAUUAAAUAAGAUGUAUUCCAAAGCAAUGCUACCCAACAUUUCCUCAAUUCUUUCAAGUCACUUGGCCUCCAGCUCCAGUGAUAAAUCCCAAGGGGAAAUGAGCUUUUUAGCAACAGGCAGAGAACCGUGAGGCCCCUUCAUGAACAUGUGAAUGAGGGGAU